AUGCUUAGAGGCAUCUUUCACAUUUGCCUCUUGGCACCAUUUCUUCUUCUAUCUUUCUCCUCCGCCGUAUCUGAUGGUGGCUUAACCGGCAGAGCCGAUGCUCCUCCUCCGUGGGACCACAAUAUUUCCACACCACCGGAAACCGCACCGUCCCCAACCCCCACCACGAGUCCUCCUACCGCCUCACCGCCAUCUCCCGCUCCCGCGGCUGCACAGUCUCCGAUCAACAACGGCUCCGUCUCCGGCGACAUGAGAUGGUGGUGCAACAUGACUCCACACGCUGAGACAUGCAGUUACUACUUCCGAAAGAGCCCAAACAACAACACUAACCGACCACCAAGGUUCCGGUCCGAAUUUCUACGGAUGUUGGUCCACAUAGCACUAGACCAAGCCGUCAUCACACACACCCAAACCGUAAAUUUCGGUCCAAGCUGCACCAACAAGCAACGGAAAGCCGCUUGGUCAGACUGCGUAGCGCUCUUCGAAAACACGGUAGCUCAGCUGAACAGAACGCUCAAGGGACUAAACCCUUCGGCUUCGGAUGAUGUAAAGUGUACGAACUUCGACGCUCAGACGUGGCUUAGCACGGCUCAGACCAACAUCGAGACGUGCCGUUCCGGCUCUGAGGAUCUUAACGUCUCGGAUUUCGUCAUGCCGGCGAUCUCCGACAAGAACUUGUCGGAUUUGAUUGGAAACUGCUUGGCUGUCAAUGGAGUUCUUAUGAAGCAACAUAAUCAUACGACUACUGCUAACCACAAAGAAUACUUCCCAAGCUGGGUCUCAAGAAACGAGAGACGAUUACUCGUAUCCCCCUCUUUAGCGAAAUCAAGAUCCCAUCUAGUCGUGGCUUUAGACAGGUCAGGUCAUUUCCGGUCGAUCCAAGCCGCAAUAAACUUCGCAGCUAGACGAAGAGUCAAGUCAAGAUUUGUUAUCUAUGUGAAGAAAGGUGUUUACAGAGAGAACAUUGAUGUUGGCAACGAUAACCACAACAUCAUGCUUGUUGGUGACGGCGAAAGAAAAACAAUCAUCACCAGUGGCCGAAGCGUCCAGCAUGGCUACACCACCUACAACUCCGCAACCGCCGGCUUUGGAGGCCAACGGUUUGUAGCAAAGGACCUGACAUUCAUCAACACGGCCGGGCCAUUACGCGGCCAAGCUGUGGCGGUUAGGUCAUCCUCUGACCUCUCUGUUUUCUACCGUGUCGGUAUCCAUGGAUUCCAAGACACGCUCUACAUUCACUCACAACGUCAGUUCUUUAGAGAAUGUUACAUUUCAGGAACCAUUGACUUCAUCUUCGGAAAUGCAGCUGUAGUGUUCCAGAACUGCAUGAUUCUUGUCCGAAAACCUCUCCAUGGCCAAGCCAACGUUAUAACCGCGCAAGGUCGCGGUGACCCUUUUCAGAACACAGGCAUAACCAUACAUAGCUCAAGGAUAAUCGCCGCUUCUGAUCUGAGACCUGUGAUUCGAGCUUACAAGACCUAUUUAGGCCGACCGUGGCAAGCGUAUUCGCGUGUCACGAUAUUGAAGACCUAUAUAGAUGAUUCGAUCAGUCCCUUGGGAUGGUCUCCUUGGUUAAGAGGAUCCAAUUUUGCUCUCAAUACGGUUUUCUAUGGAGAGUAUAAGAAUUUUGGACCGGGUGCUUCUACAAGAUGGCGAGUCCGGUGGAAGGGAUUCCAUGCCAUAAGCAGCGCCACGGUUGCUUCCCGGUUUACCGUGGGAAGCCUUAUCGCCGGCGGUUCAUGGUUGCCUGCCACUGGCGUGCCGUUCAAGACAGGGUUGUGA